AUGUCAAUGCCGGAAAGUACAUUCUCACAGGCCUCAGGAAACCAGGAGAGGCUCCCGGCUGGCUCUCGGCCCUAUACUUCUGUUAUGGGACCUACGGGGGACUCAAGCUCCCCUAGGGUCCCCCUCCCUCAGCCCCAGCCCCCAGGGACUAUCGGCGCUGCAGCUGCAUCCUCUCCUGUUGCUCAUACUCAGGCAUACAUGGAUUCGGGAGAGCGGGUCCUCCUUCCAUGGGGUGUACCGGCAGCCAGUGGUGCCGUUGCAGCUGCUGCAUGGGACCAUAAAUCGGCGCUGCAGUCAAAACAGCAGCAGAGGGAAGCUCUUUUUCACGCGGCAUCCACAUUUAAGGAGGCUGAGGCUCCAUUCGGGGCCCCGCUUGUUCAGGCGUCUCUGCCAUUGACCACCGACGGCCCAGCAGUUGGCCCUCCACCUGUCCCUGCUGAAGGGGAAGGGGGCCCUCGUCAGUGGCCAACCCCAGUCCCUCAGCCUCAUUGGGUAGGAGGAACCACUGGCCCUAACACAACAGCAGCAGCAGCAGCAGCAUCUGUACCGUCUACUUUGUCUAUUCCUGAGACACAGCCGCAGCAGCAACAGCGGCCGCUGCUACAGCAGCAACAGGCACAACCGCAUCAUCCGUUUCUCGCCGGAGAUGGUCUACACGGGGUUCAUCCUGGGGCCCCUGGGCUGUCUGGAGCUCCUGGGGUCCUUGGAACCGCUGAGGGUCUCGGCGUCCCCUCCGCCGCCGUUACUUAUGGUGCAACCGAGAGAAAGUGGCAAGCGAGGUGGGCUCAAGGGAGUCAGUGCGGAAGUGACUCUGCCGCUGCUUCCCACAUAGGGCCCCCCUUAGCUGAUGGCAGUAAGAUGGGCGAAGAGGGGCCCCUUAACUCUGUUCCCACAAAUCCGGAGUACAUGCACGCUGUAAUCAGCGAGGGAGCCCACCAUAACAACCCCAGCUUUCACCUAGCAGCCGAAAGCUCCCACCUGCAGCUUCCCAGGACAGGGCCUAUGGUGUUUAUGCCAGCUGCAGAGGACCUGAACUUUGCAGGGGGCCCUUUGGAACAACAGAAAGCAAAGAAGAGGCCAGAGGGUCACGGGGAAAUACCAACUCAGCGCUGGAUUUCGGGGACCCCAGGGGUCUCAGGAGCCUCAGGGCUGAAGAGCGAACCGGGACCAGCAGCAAAGGUGGGCUGCGCUGUAAAAGGCCAAGCGCGGCUUGCUGCAGCAGCAUCGCAGCAGCUGCAGCUGCAAGAGGUGCAGCAGCUUUCCGAGGCAAUGGGGACCGCCAGAAUGGGGGCUUUCCAGAGGUUGGGGGCGCCUUCAUUAAUCGGCGACGGGCAGCAACAAGCGGAGUACGGCAUGUACAAGAGCUUCGGUCCGAAUGGGGGGACCCUCGUGAGCCCGUGGCCUGGACUUCCAGCUGCUCAAAAGCUCGUCAAAGGGUCAGCGGGGGGCCCCCCUCAAGGGGGGUUAUGCGUUGCAGGUGCAGCUGCCUCGCUUCCACGAGGUCCCGGUAGUGUUAGCUCUUCUACGCGUGGGUCAGCCUUGCCGUCUUCCUCUCAGCUGGGAGCUCCUCAGGGCCCCCCUGACUGUCUGCUGUCUGCAGUUGCAUCGCAGCAGUAUGCGCUACUGGCGGUGAGGGCUUUCCUGCUAGCUUGUGAUGUACCUGUUGCUCCCCCGUGGAAGCAAAUAGCUUUGUGGGGCCCUUGGCUGUCGGGGCAGCAGCGGGGGCCGCCACAUGUGGGCUCGCAGUGCCCCCAGCCCCGUGGGGAUCCCAAGCAGCCAGAGGGAGAUGCAGGCCUCACAGAAUGUGAGGAACCUGCACAAGCAGUAGAGGAUGAGCCAGUGGGGUGUCCGCCAGAGGAGGACACUCCAGAGGCUUCCGAAGAGGCUCACGUGGGCGUUGCACCGGGGCAAGCAACUGAGCAGGCGCCUGUCAAGCAGGAGCGCAAGAGGAAAAGAGUAGGGGGCUUUCAAGGGAGUGGCGCAGCAGCGAAGAAGGCCUCCAGGAGCCAGCGCUCUGCCGCAAUAGACGGCGUCUUGAUGACUGCUCAGGAUCUGUACAAAGGCGACUUACUGCUGUCUUGCGCGUCGCCUCCGUUGCCCCUGACGGCUUUGCAGCAAGCUGACCUCUGUCUAGAGCUGAUAACAGCUCUGGGGAGACUGCGGCCUCAAUGGCGUCGGCAGGGCAAUCGCGUGCCUUACCAGUUGCACGUGGCACGGCUUAGACCUUCUUUGCUCUUUCCAACAACACCACCGAAAGCCACCGUUCUGGAGUCAUACAGAACUGCCCUGGGGCCCCUCGUGGCUCACAUAGCGGAGUUACCGUAUGUGCACUUGGCCCCAGGAGAGGCGGAAGAAGUUGUUGAGGAGGUGGAAAUGUUGAAAGGAUCCGCAGCAAUUGACUCUGUGCUGGAUGCCCUUGACGCUAUGGGGCCUUGGGGCCAUCAAGACGGAAGCCAACUACAGCGAGAUUCAGAGGCUAUGGAAGCCGAAGCGAUGAGGGACACGGGAGACCGCAGGCAACAACUGCUGGUGCAGCAGCAACAGCAGCAGCAAUUGGAGCAGCUGCAGGCGCAACAGCAGCAACAACUGCAACAGCAGCAGCAGCAGAUAGAUGCAGCCCGCAUAUCUGAAGUUCAGGGCCCCGCUGAGACUGACGUGAUCUUAGCUUAUAACCCGGACCUGAAGGCCUUGCGUCAGUUGAACUACCUCGUCCCUGGAACUCGGGUGUACAUACACGCAGAUGCACUAGAAGUAAAGUUGGCGGAAAUGGGUCUACCGCCCCUGCCUCCUCCGCCUGCCGGGGGAGGCGAAGGAAGCCUGUCGGCACCCAAAGGGCCGCUGUCGAAGUUCGUGAUGGUGGAAGCAGGGGAGCGGUACUUCACGCUUCCAUAUGGGGAAUAUUUGCCUUUGAAACUGGUGAGCCCUCCUCAUCAUGUCUUGCAGUUCUCCAUAGGCCAAGUCGUGCAGCUGCUUCAGGAAGGUCGUCUCUGUUUACUUCGGUUUACUGAGCGUGAGGCCCUCAAGCGGCGACUUCCGCUGUUGGGGGCCCCCGCGGGACCCCCCAACGACCCCACUGCGGGAGGAGGCGGUGGGUCUGUUGGGUAUAAGACACAGAGAGGGACGAAGCCAGCCUGUUGCCCUGCCCCUCCUGGCAUAGAGAAAAUAUGCCGGUGCAAAUGUAACCACAGGCGACAAGAACUGUACGCACAGUUGAAGCAGAGACUGCGGAUCGACAAGAAGGGCUGCCUGGCCGCUAUCAAAGAUUGUUUGGACUUAAACCACGUGGCGUUUGCUCUGCCCUCGGCGCGCACUUACCAGCUAGAGAUUCUGUCGUAUCUCUUUGGAGUGGACCCGUGGUUUUAUGCUAAGAACAGACACGAGGCCCCAUCGCAGGCCGAGAUUCCUAAUAUCAUACGGCGGUACAAAGAGCUGACCACGACGAAGGAGUACGAGCAGUCAUUCAAAAGCUGGCUAGAGGAACAAGCGAGAGAAAAGUGCCUCCAGCAAGAGAUCACAGCAGACAUAACAGCCAUAGGUCUAAACCUGAAGGACGGUGAUGGGGGCUGCGUCACUGCUUCAGCGAACCCAGCUCAGCAAGAUCCUAGGGUUCAGGCCAGCAUAGCACAACUCGUUCCGAACACCCCCAUAUGUGUGCGUAUCAAAGCCCUUCUGGGCCUGCCCUCGGGCAAUGAGCAGCACUUGCGAGGUGUAGUUCGCCGGGCCCAAAUGCUCCCUAGGGGCCGAGCAAUCAGCAUAUCAGUUAAUAACAGGAAAGAGGAAUUCGUGCUUUUGCCGGAAGAACUCGAAACUCUCGUUGCUCACGAUGACCUACGACUCGUGCGGAUGAGGUCGAGGCAGUGGUUUGCAUACGAGGCGCAGGCUACUGGGGUCUCCGGCGCAUCCGAAGUGCAGUGGCCCAGCUCGACGCAAGACGACAACUGGAAGGCAGAUGCCCAACCCUGA